UUUUCGAUUUUGUUGUGUUGUGCAUUUUAGCUCCAUUUUUUACACAGAAUUUUAUUUUUAAUGAUUUAAAAAGCUGAAAAUAAAUGGAAGGUAUCGUAUGCGGUAUUGCUAACAUAAAUUUCAGACAAACAGCCUUAGAGUUCCGCGACGAAAAUCGCACACCAAAUUGCAUGCAAAAUACACAGCAGACCGCAGACAUGGCGCUGCUAAAUGAGGCGUCCGCUUCCUCGCCAGCCAAUUUAGCAUUUCCCAAUCUCUAUGAUCCCAAUGAGACUGUUGCAUCCAGUUCCAGCAAUGACGACGAGUGGCAAACAGACGAUGAAGCCUUACACACUUUGCAUAAAUCUAAAGCAUUCAGAAGAAGGAGCGGCGGAGGUAGUACAUUCGCCGAAAAACGUCAAUUGCCCUCGAGAGCUUCUAAGGACAACUUCCUAUCUGGUAUCAAAAGACGUACUAUAAUGAAACCUGCCAAACAUACUAGUUCAUUAAGCAAAGACUUUAACAAUCUCAAACCUGCCGAGAUAAAGAAAAUCUAUUUGAACAAGAAACUCACUAACUUUAGACCGAGUAGCUUGGAAACGAUAUUCGAGGAACCCGCCAAUAGCCAAGCCAUUGGUGAUGAAGAGGAACACGAACAGGUGCGUUUUAUAGGAUCACGCAAAUUGCGUAGAACCCUUAACUGCACCGAUGGCUUUGUGUUCAAUAAGGCUUUGGUAAAAAAGAGGCGAGCAAAAAUAAAGAAGACUUUUGGUCGACGUUUGUCGUUGAAAAAAAUUUCAUUGGAAGACUUUUUAGAAAAACUAAACAGCAGUAUGGAAAAGGCGGCAUCGCCUGAGGAAGACAAUGAAAAAAUGGAGGAGAGCGCUUGUUUCACGAAUCAGCCUCUACAAGUCGCAAUGGACUCAAAAGCUUUGAUGCCCCUAAAAAACAUUAUGCCAAUUACAGAUGCAUUUAUAAACAUUCCUAUUUCGACUUCUGCAAUAUAUCAGUCGCCUAAACCUUCUUAAUGAAGCUAGAGAACAACUAAAAAAGGGGGGUUAUAUUUAUACACGGAAAUUUAUUGUUCUCUAACAAAAAUUCUACUAAUUUACCAAUAAAAGACUAGAUUUUAUGCAUGCAAA